AUGACUAUCAAGUUGUUAUUCCUGGGUCUUAUUAUCAGUGUUGUCGGUCUCCACCUAGACGAGAAAGUUAAGACCAUCCGAGCGCAGCCUACCCUGAAGACGGGUCAUUCUAUAGAAAGGGAUGUUCAACAAGGUGAAGACGCCGAGGUCAGUUCUGCUUCAAUUGAAGAAAAACUAUGUUCAGCACAGGUUUUUACUGUACCCGACUUCAGUAAGCUGUUUGAAGUGGACUAUGAUGUGUCUGGAGUGUGGAUUGGUGUGGUGCUGUCACAAGAGAAGAGACUUGUGGCAUUUUUCACCGAGAAUCUGAGUGACGGUCAGAAGCUAAUUAGCAGCGAUAUGCAUGCUAAAGGGUGCAUAUUUCUGCAAAAGUUCCCGUGUAAAUUACUGUGUCAAUCUGAUACUUCAAACCGGGUUACUGAUGCGCUAAGUAGGCGAGCUGCAUUGAUUACCACUCUCAGAAAUGAGGUUGCGGGUUUUGGACAUAUGCAGGGUUUAUAUAACGAGGAUGAAAAUUCCCAGGAUGUCUGGGAAAAAUUGAAGCAGAAACAACCUGUUGGCGACUUUCAUAUUUCUGAUGGGUUUCUAAAGAAGGGUAGUUAG